AUGGAGUCGGCGAUGACGACGUGGACGGCCGUUGCGUCGUCGGUGGCGGACCAGGGGCGGAAGCUGGCGGCGGCCGCUGGGCCGGCGUGCUCGACCGCGGCGGAGACGGGGCGCCAGGCGUGCUCGUGCGCGGCGGAGGUGGGGCGCCAGGCGGGGACGGUGGCCUGGAAGCUGACGCGGAGCACGGGGAAGGCGGCGUGGAUCGCGGGGACGAGCUUCCUGGUGCUGGUGGCGCCGCUCAUGAUCCUGACGGACCGUGAGGCCGCGUUCAACGAGAAUGAGAACGCGUGGACAGAGUACCAGACCCUCUUGGGCCCUCCUUCCUGGUAG